UCCAGCGUAUAAAAAAAGACUGCAUUAUUAGAAACACACUGCUGCUGGUUCCUCUCGGCAGUAACUUGGCUGCGUUUGACUGUUUUGCAGUAGCAUCGCGACAGAGCUACAAAAACCAUGACAGACCAAGCCUUUGUCACAUUGGCCACAAAUGAUGCCUAUGGGAAGGGAGCACUGGUGCUUGGCACAUCGCUGCGGAACCAUAGAACUUCAAGAAAGCUGGUGAUCAUGGUUUCUCCUCAGGUCUCUGAGCCCAUGAGGGCAGUGCUUCAGAAGAUCUUCGAUGAAGUAAGGCUAGUGGAUGUAUUGGACAGUGGGGAUUCUGCACACUUGGCCCUAAUGCAGAGACCUGAGCUGGGUGUUACAUUGACUAAGCUUCACUGUUGGACUCUAACACACUACUCUAAAUGUGUAUUUAUGGAUGCAGACACAAUGGUUUUGUCAAAUAUUGACGAGCUGUUUGAGCGAGAAGAAUUAUCGGCUGCACCAGACCCCGGCUGGCCAGACUGUUUUAACUCUGGACUAUUUGUAUUUCGACCUUCCAAUGAAACCUACAAUAAACUACUACAGUUUGCUUCAGAAAAAGGAAGCUUUGAUGGUGGGGACCAGGGGAUUCUGAACAGUUUCUUUAGCAACUGGGCAACAGCAGACAUCCAAAAACAUCUGCCAUUUAUUUACAACCUGAGCAGUAUAGCCAUUUACUCCUACUUGCCAGCAUUUAAACAGUAUGGUGCAGAAGCCAAGGUGAUCCACUUCCUGGGAGCAGUCAAGCCAUGGAAUUGCAGAUAUGACUCAAAAACAAAGCGUGUGACUGGAGACAGCCAGGAUCCACCCUUGCUUCAUCCAGAAUUCCUGAAUAUGUGGUGGGACAUCUCUAUGUCCAUACAGCCUCUGCUUGCAGAACAUGGAGUGGUGAUCCAUUCAGAGCCUGUGUGCCAAUCACUCUCCAGUCUGGUUUCUACACUGGCAUUCUCUUGUGGGUUCUGUAGUGAGGAUGAAGCCAGUGAAGCAGUAUCUCGCAUCCACGUAGGUGCACCCCCACCUCCCCCUCCCAUGUCCUCUGCAGAACGCAAGCAGAAGUGGGAACAGGGACAAGCAGAUUACAUGGGAGCCGACUCAUUCGACAAUAUCCAGAAGAAGCUUGAUGCCUACCUGAAGUGAAAUGUGUUUACUGUUUUUCAUAAACUUAGUGAACUUGCAGCUCUACAGGAAAUGAUUCCAAAACUUAAGUCUACAGAAUUAUGGUCCAUAUGCUUCUACUUGCGGACUGAUUUUGUUUACCGAGUUACUGUAGGUACUGUGGUGUGUGUGUGCUUUUUUUUAUUUAUUUUUUUUCCCCUCGUUUUCUGGUGUUUCAAACACCUUUUGACAUGAUUGUAUCAAAGUAAUGCCUUUUUAAAGUAGCAAUUUUAAAAGCUAACUUUAGACUGUUUAAAUGUAAAGUGCCCUAGGUCACCUGAGAGAGGUAGGUACAGUUUUUCACAGCUGUUAGCCAUACCAGGCAGCAAAGAAUAUAUCAACUUUGGAAAUGCAAGUUUUGACAAUUCAGUAACUUUGUGAAAUUGUGCUAGUGAAUAUACUCCCCUCUUUAUUGGUAAUUGUCAACUUGAAACAUGUACGUGUGUAUAUAAUAUAUAAUCAUCUAUGUAUAUCUAUCCGAUACCCCCCCCCCAGUAUAAAUACAUUGUAUUGGGUAUCUAUUGAACAAAAAGUACAAUCAUAUCCCCUUAAGCUAGUGUUUCCUCUAGAUCUAAAAUUGUUUUGGAAUACUGCACCUUUUUUCAAUUUGGUCUUUUAAAAAAUAAAAAUUUAAGUCUUGAAUCUUUUGAUUUAAAUUGUACUACGAAAGGGAAUAAAGUGGCUUAUUUAGAUUAAUCGAUUCUGAUCUCCUGGCUGUUUUCACAGACCUCAAAUUUGGUAACAACUAUUGCUUACUAUGAUGUCUUCAGUAUUAAUGUAAAAUAGCAACUUGCUGUUAAGUCUACUUUGUAAAUAUUUUGCAUGUUUUAAGAUGGUUUGACACACUUGCUAUAUCCAGGAAAAGCAAAUAUUUAGCACUUUAGUAAAUCUGUGUGGCUUACUAGUGAAUAUGCAAGCCCUAAAGGACAGACUUUCCUGUUGCCUUGGCUUAAUCUACUGUUUACAAAAGACACUUACUAUUGCGGUGACAUAGGGCCAAAUGAGGUAUAGGCAUUUGAAUAUUUAACUUGCAGUUCCUACCUUUUGCAACUCUGUUUUCAUACAUUGUUCAAAUGAAUAUCCAGUAUUGCAUGGACCUUUUAAACUGCAAAACACUCCUUCAAAAUGUUUGCUUAGGCUGUCUCAUGUUAGAAAUUUGUCAAGUUUUCACUGAUGUAUCUAUACUGGCACUGAAGCAAAAGCUUUUGUGCAGCCAUUAUGAAGUUUAUCAAAGUCCAUUAACAUUACAACUAAACUGCUGCAUGUUUCCUGUACCAUGGCACUUUAUCUGCAAAAUAAAAAACUACUGAUGUGAAACUA